AUGGAGGACUGGACUCCAUCAUCCUGGGCCUCAAAGCCUAUCAAGCAAGAAGUCGUCUAUGAAGACAAGGAGAGUUUUCAAGAUGCUCUCCAGAAGUUGCAAAAGCUCCCGCCGUUAGUGACUCCGUACGAGGUUCAUAACUUGAAGAACAGUCUCAAAAAUGUGGCUCUUGGAAAAGCUUUUGUUCUUCAAGGUGGUGACUGUGCGGAGCUUUUUGAUUAUUGCAAUCAGGACAUGAUCGAGGCAAAGAUAAAACUUAUCCUCCAAAUGAGUUUGAUUUUGAUUUGGGGUGCCAACAAGCCCGUGAUCCGCGUCGCUCGCAUCGCAGGUCAAUUUGCAAAGCCACGAUCCAACCCCUGUGAAACCAUCAAUGGCGUGACUAUGCCGUCUUUUCGUGGGGACAAUGUGAACGGCUUUGAGGCUACUCCUGAGUCUCGGAAGCCUGACCCAUCAAGAUUGGUGUCAGCAUAUUUCCACUCUGCAGCUACUCUAAACUAUGCCCGUGCAGCUCUCUCUUCUGGAUUUGCAGAUCUUCAUUCUCCCCUGGACUGGGGUCUUGGACACGUUGCGACGCCAUCCAUCAAAGAGGACUACGAACGGAUCGUUUCCCGCGUCACAGAUUCUCUACGUUUUAUGCAAACCGUUGGUCUCGACACUGAUAGAGGGAUUGAGACCAUUGAUUUCUAUGUCAGCCAUGAAGGCCUGAUGCUUGAAUAUGAACAGAGCUUGACCCGGCUCUUAAAACAGCCUACAAAAGCAGUCAUCGCCCCUGAACAAGAAACUGCACGACGUGUGAGCACUCAAAUCAAACCGUCACCAAGUGAAUACUACGCAACAUCUGCGCAUUUUCUCUGGAUCGGUGAUCGAACCCGCCAGCUGGACGGAGCCCACGUCGAAUUCUUCCGAGGCAUAUCAAACCCCAUUGGAAUCAAAAUCGGCCCAACUAUGAAGCCAGGCGAGCUAGUCGACCUUCUCAAUGUUGUCAAUCCAUCUAAAGAAAUUGGCAAAGUCACAUUGAUCUCAAGGUACGGCGCGUCCAAAAUAUCCGAAUAUCUCCCCGCCCAUAUCAAGGCUGUGCGAGCCUCAGGACACUUGCCUGUCUGGCAAUGCGACCCAAUGCAUGGAAACACUCGUGCUACGCCCUCAGGCGUGAAAACUCGCCAUUUCACUGAUAUCCUCUCUGAAUUAAAACAAGCACUGGAAAUCCACCGCUCCCACGGAUCCUACCUAGGCGGCAUGCAUCUUGAGUUAACGGGUGAGGCGGUUACAGAAUGUGUUGGUGGAGCAGCCGGCCUUACGGAAGAUGGCCUCAGUGAACGGUAUGAGACAUUCUGUGACCCAAGAUUGAACGAAAAACAAGCCUUGGAGUUGGCAUUUUUGGUUGCUGGAUUUUAUCGAGAAGAGCUGGACGAACCGGUCACAAAUGCCAUUUGA